AUCUCAUGGAUUCAAUCCCCAGUGCCACAAAAUCAAUCAACCAAUCAAUCCAGGUUCUUACUUUGUAAAGUGCCUUCAUCACUCUAAGCCUCUAAGAACUGUUGUGAGGGGCAAAUAAAUAAUUUAUAUAAAAGAUGUAGCAUAGUGCCUGGCAUAUAAAUGUGCUCGAUAAGUAUUUACUACCUAAUAAGUGGUGUUGUUCAGUAAAAAACUAAUGAAUGAAUGCAUGAAUGUUGGUCUGGAUUUUGGCUCCUAAUGGUGCUUUUUGUUCUUUCCUAGUAUUUUAAGGUUAAUUUUACUUUGUUUUGCUUGGUCAGGGAGAAGUUUGACUAGGUAUGUAAGGAAAGAAGAGAUGAAAUUAAAAGGCUGCAAGGGAUAGGACUGCUGAAUACAGAAGACAAGGAGAUUCUGGGAGCAAACUCACCAGCACCCGAGGGAGGCAGGAGAUAGGAUUCUGUACAGCUGUCAUCUCCCUCUCUGCUUCAGAGAAGCCAACUUUGUUUUUUAUUCCUGAGCACAGUUCCUGGAUUUGUCCUUAGUAGGAUUGUAGCUGUUGUUUUAAUUCUCUUUCUGGGUGGCCAGCAUGAGAGAAGUUAUAGACAUUUUACUGUGAAAAAAGCAGCAGCCUAAUAUCUGAGAGUCCCUGCCCAUGAGGGACCUUGUUUGCUUUAUCCUCGAUAUAAGCCCCUUCCUAUUAUCCUUAGAUAACUGUCAGAACUGAGCCUAUGGGGCAGAGGCCAAUCUUCUUCCCUCUACUUACCUCCUGACCUCUCAACCCACAGAAUAGGGGGAUGAAUCUAUGGUCUCAAAAGGAUGACAGUUUUAUCUUUGCCACUGCCUUCCUGUGUGACCUUCCAUAAAGUCUCUUCUCUCUGGUCCUUAGGCUCUCUAUGUACAUGGUAAGGGAAAUUACCCUUAGAGUCUCUGAGAUCCCUCCUAAAGUGGCAGAAUGGUUUAUCUGCCCCUUAGGGCUGCAGCGGGUUUUAAAUAAGGUUUGCCUACUACAGUGCUUAGCACAGAGUCUGGCCAUGGUUAGGCUUAGAAAAGUGAGCUGAUAUCAACAGCCUGACAACCGCCUGUUUACUGGGCCAGCCUCUUCCCUGGUUCUUGUUAGCCAUACUAGGUAAGAUGUGGUCCCAAAAUGAUGUGUUUCUGCCUGUCAUCUGUCUGUGUGUGUAGAGCUUAGCCUCCCUCAGGUCACUCUAGGAAGAUCUAGCCAGAGGACUCUCCUUGACUUCUAAUUUGUGUCCCAGUCCUAGGGACUCUGUACUCCUUGGUAGCUUCCUGAGUAGUUUUAUUUGGGGAGGCAGUAGCUAAACUCUUGCAGCCUGGAGAUGGCUGACUUUAGCCAGAGUGUGAGCAGCCCCAUUGAAAAAACACAGGCCUCCUGCCCUUUCUGCUGCCAAUCAGGACUUCUGUCUUAAAAUAAAGGAUUCCCACCUCAUCCGGUUCCCUGUCCCAGAAUUCUGAGUUUUGAACUCAAGUCAGCUCUGCACCAGGACUCUUUCCCUUUCUUUCUUGGACCACACAGUGUUUGUUUCACAGCUAGACACUCUGCUAAGUGAUGCAGGAAGUAGGCCUCCAAAGAGGCAGAUAGAGUCCAACAAAGCAGAUAACCAAGUGAAACCUCUGGAUGCCUCUGGGGCCUGGGACAGGGUCAGAGAUAAGCGGAAAUGCCAGGCUUAUCGCUACUGCCUGAGUUCUUCCAGAGAAAUCAUCCUGGCCGGCCAGCCCACCUCAUUCCCAGAGCUCCAGGCAGUUUGGUAGCAUCCAUCUCCAAGCAGAGUAAACAUUGAGUUGGCACAGCUCUGGGGCCUGCAGGAUGGGGACUCUAUGCCCCACUCCAGCACUGCACAGUCCCAGCACCAGAGGCCAGCAGCGGGCAUCAGAUUACACCCAGAUAUUUGCGAACAAAGAGCAAGUGGAAGAGAAGGGAACAAAACCAAAGCAUGCAUUGAGUACCAGAGGUGUGCAAGCUGACAUCAGGGGGCCUUGGGAAGAGAGCCAGAAGGCCGACCUGUCAGAGGGAACAGUGGAGAGGCUGCCCUCCUUCAGCACUUCAGGAAUGGGUGCUGACCUCGUCUCCCAGGCAGGGGCCUCACCUGGGCAGGUGGAUGGGGUUCUUGGCCCAGGUCAGGUACCUCUUGGCCACCUGCUGCUGCCCACAGAGGUUGAAGCCAAAGAUCCUGAGACAUCCAGUGAGAACCCUGGGACUCGCCUGGAAUUGUCUGCAGCAUCUAACAGGGUCAUCGAGGCCCCCACCAGCCAGGAUGUGACACCAAGUACAGGACAAGGAACAUCAUCCAGCAAGCUUGAUCCUCAGUCCUCAGAAGAAGUCUUAUGGUUGACUUCAGGGCCCAGUUCUGAGCCCCCAAGGGCUCCAGCUCUCUCCAGGGCAGCUCACACUGGUGGAGAAUCUCCGCUAAGAAUCUCCAUCCACGUGCAAGAGAUGGAUACUCCCGGGGAACUUCUUGUGACACGACGGGGCAGCCUCAGACCCACUCCUUCUGCAGAGGUUCCAGCAGCUGCUCAUCCCAGUGAGCAGGACUUGCCUGGGCCCAGGUGCUGCUCUGAAGCUCCUGGGACUGAGCUGGGAGAACAAAACCCUAAAGAAGCCAAAGAGUUUACCCCACUGCAGAAGAGAAGCAUUGAGGCGGGAGCAGAUGCUGAGGAGAAGCAAGGGCCUGUGGCUGAGCCUGCCACAGGACCAAGCUUCACCAGGAGGGACAAGGGAGAUGACCCUGCUGGGACCUCAGCCCUGCAGCAGGACAAAAGCUUAGGAGCAGGACAUCCUGAGCCUGGGAAUGACUGUGCAGCUGGGGUCACUCCAAGAACUGAAACAGGAAGGAGGACACCCCCAGAUGAUGGGGCUGGCAGCCUGGUUCUGGAUGACAGCCCAGCUCCACCAGCCCCUUUUGAACACAGGGUGGUGAGUGUCAAGGAGACCUCCAUCUCAGCAGGUUACACGGUGUGCCAGCAUGAAGUCUUGGGAGGGGGCCGGUUUGGCCAGGUUCACAAGUGCACAGAGAAGUCCACAGAUCUCCCACUGGCUGCCAAGAUCAUCAAAGUGAAGAGUGCUAAAGACCGGGAGGAUGUGAAGAAUGAGAUCAACAUCAUGAACCAGCUCAGCCAUGUGAACCUAAUCCAGCUCUAUGAUGCCUUUGAGAGCAAGAACAGCUUUACCCUGGUCAUGGAGUAUGUGGAUGGGGGUGAACUUUUUGACCGGAUCACAGAUGAAAAGUACCAUCUGACGGAACUGGACGUGGUCUUGUUCAUCAAGCAGAUCUGCGAAGGUGUGCAUCACCUCCACCAGCACUACAUUCUGCACCUAGACCUCAAGCCAGAGAAUAUACUGUGUGUAAAUCAGACAGGACACCAAAUUAAGAUCAUUGACUUUGGGCUGGCCAGAAGGUACAAGCCUCGGGAAAAGCUGAAGGUGAAUUUUGGUACUCCUGAGUUCCUGGCCCCAGAAGUUGUCAACUAUGAGUUUGUUUCAUUCCCCACGGACAUGUGGAGUGUGGGAGUCAUCACCUACAUGCUACUCAGUGGUUUGUCCCCAUUUCUAGGGGAAACAGAUGCAGAAACCAUGAAUUUUAUUGUGAACUGUAGCUGGGAUUUCGAUGCUGACACCUUUGAAGGGCUGUCAGAGGAGGCCAAGGACUUUGUUUCCCGGCUACUUGUCAAAGAGAAGAGCUGCAGAAUGAGUGCCACACAAUGCCUGAAACAUGAAUGGUUGAAUAAUUUGCCCGCCAAAGCCUCAAAAUCCAAAGUUCGUCUCAAAUCCCAACUAUUGCUGCAGAAAUACAUGGCCCAGAGAAAAUGGAAGAAACAUUUCUACGUGGUGGCUGCUGCGAACAGGUUAAGGAAAUUUCCAACUUGUCCCUAAUCUUCAACUCUGCUGCUCCAGUGGGCCCAGAAAUUAUUGAGGCCAGUGGUGAUGUGAAGAGAUGACUCAAGAUUUUAAGUAAUCUGACCUUCUACUAUUAUUGAUUCCUCUUAUUUUGUAAAAAAAAAGUUCUGGCUAUUGCCUUAUGGACAAAAGUGGCUAAAAAGAAAAUAUCUUAGGAGCUUUGUUUCUGCCUUGUAAGAUCACUAGGUUUGAAAUGCUGUGUUUACUUUUCAAGUAUUCCUCCUUUUGACAAUAAGAGUAGGCAUGCUUAGGUAGGUAGGAAAGGUCCUACUUUGCAUAGAAUCAAAUUAAAUUCUAAACUUAAUGUGAUUAAAGAACUCAGUAGACACAAAGAUAUAUUAUUAUUAUCUCUUCAAAGAAUGCCAAAACAAGAAUUCCUAGAAGUUUGAUCUAUCUUGAACUUCCUGCUCUAGUGUCAAACUAUGUGGGCUUAAGACAGUAAUCCUCAAAUUUGUUUUAAUUUAUGCUCUCUUUGAGAAUCAUUUGCAAUCUUGAAAUAUAUCAACUGUUACAGCUAAAUCUGAUAAUUUGGAAUGUGUUUUUUAAGCUCUACAUACCUUCAUUCUUUUCUAAUUUUGUCCCGUCCUGACUCCCUUUUCUUGGGUAUGAAUCUCUGGUUUUGUAAGCCUGGAAGCUGAUCUACAAAAUAUAGUAUAAUGAUGUUCAGCUGAGAGAAACACAGGAAUGUUACAUUAUGAAGCAAUAAAGGAAAACUGCUCUCUUACUGCUGUAGUAAGGAAAUACUACUUUCAGUGUUGUCAUUCUUUAAACAGACAAUUCAUGUGAAAAGGGCAGAAAGACAUUUCACUUCAUACUUACUUUAAACAGACAAAAAAUGUAGGGGCAUUUUUAAACACUAUUGUAAGCAUUUAUGAAAUCAUCCAUUCACUGAAAUAACACUAUUCUCAAUGUAGCAAGCAAUAUAUUUACUAACUUCUAACUGUGUAUAUUUUAACAAUUUCCCAACUUAUAGCGAUUAAAAGGAACACUUUAUUAUUUGAAA